GACAAUCGUUUUCAUCCUCGUUCUCUCACAUUUCUCUCACGCAGAGAUACGAGCGGCGAGUUGCGAAUUGAUCCGUUCGUUUCUCUCCCUUUCACCCGGCUAUUGCGGUCUGUCAUCUUUUCGGAGCUCUCGCAGUCGACACGCGACCGUCCUCCGAUUCCUCUCUCUCUUUCUCAUCUGUCAUUAGUGACAGUCAGGUGCGCGUGCACUCGCAGACUACGCUGACAUAAGCAAAAUGAACUACGGGGACAUGCCGAACGUGGAUCCCGCCAGAAGUCUGCGGAGAAUCGCCCGGCAUGAUGAGCCGGAAUUCAGCAACGCCAGUAUCUUGAAUAGCAUGGAGAAGUUCGUGCGCACCGUGAGCGAGAUGGAGGACACUAUCCUGGUGCCUAGCCGUCUGCUGGAUCUAUCCGUGGGUGAUGCGGGUGAUACAAUCUGCAUGAAGGGCAAACGCGGCUGCACGGUGAAGGACACCCUGGCCAACACCGACCUAUACCGUCUCUACAACAUCAUCAACCAGAUGAAGAUCGAGUUACUGUGGUCACAGGAGCCUACGCGAGGCACCGUGGCGGACGAUCAAACGCCGAUUAAGAGUCAUCCGAUUGGUAGCCCAUCUGAACUGACGCAUCAUCAGACUAUAAGCAGUGGCAGACUUGGCCAUGUACGUUGUCCCAGCACCACGUCUAUGCAGAGUGUACAGAGCGCGUCCUCGAUCGCCUGGACCUCCGACUCGGACUCUGAGAACGGCAUUGAGAUUGACAGCGGUCUAGAAGGUGAAGAAUGCGUAGUCGAUCUAGCAAGCAUCGCCGCCGAAAACUUUAAGCGUCAUCUGCGUGGUCUUCACAGCAGCAUCGCCCGUAUGACAGAGGCAGCUGAGUAUCUGACGUUGCGGUAUCAAGCCGAUGUAGGUGGGCAGGUCUGAUUCUCCGCCGGUAUCAUUAUCAUCACCAUUGUUGUCGUCAUCGUCGCCGCCCGUGCAUCACUGAUUGUCAUCAUGUUAGUUGGCAUUGCGAACAAAUAUCACGUCGUCACUUUGUAAUCGAUCUCAUGGACAUAGCCGCGAUUUUCGAUUUCCCGAGAUUGAUAACAGAAUUUCAGGAAACGCUGAUGAUGAAUCGCAAAAGAUUUUCUAGCAUUAAACUAAUCUGCAUCAAUUUGUUAUUUUAUUAACGUAUAAUUUAUUGUGUUAAAAUACGCUAUUCACGCGAUUUAUAUGAAUGAUACGUUUCGAUAAUGUAUUUGGGACGCGCGAUAUGAAAAUAAAUUGUCAUCGGAUAUAUAGAAUUCCGCAUAAAUAAACUAUUAAUUCCCAAAUAGAAUUGAGAAACUAUGAGAUAUCUCGAGGUACUCGUGUAUCAUUUUUGGCAUAGCAUUAUGGCAUAACAUUAGAAAAGAAAACCGACUAGUCCAGGCUUUGGUUUUCCUCAUUGCCAUUUGCGCGGGUUCGAGUUUUAACGAUGGGUGUUACCUGCCGUUAGAUGAAUAGAGGUUUUCGAGAUAACAUGCUGCAUCACAAAAUGUUAUUAACAUGGAUAGUAAGAAGAACGGAUAACUCCAUCUUGAGAGAAUUGGGAUUAAAGAGAUUGAGAGAAUGGGAAUUAAUACAAAUAAGUGUUUACUUUCAACUAUCCAAAUGUAAAUUCUUAAAUUUUUCAAUCAUCUUGUUAGACGAGAUAUUAUCGAGAAACUCUCGUAAUCCAAGAGAAGAUAAAUGAAAAGCGACAUUUCUCGAUUCGAUGUAUGAUUGACUAAAUAAAAACUUUAACGAAUACGCCGCUGAAGGACAUGAUGCACUUAGCAUGACUUAGCGGAGGAUUGUGAGGCGUGGCAGGUUAUCGC